AGCGUGGCGCGGGGUUUGCUCCCGCGCGGCUGGGACUGGUGGGCGGAAUGUCCGCGGCUGGUGACUGUGAGCGCGGUGAUGUGGGGCAAGAAGACUCUGCUGCUGCCGGCCCGUUCAGAUUCAGCCCGGAGCCCACGCUUGAGGACAUCCGACGCCUCCAUGCAGAGUUUGCUGCUGAGCGGGACUGGGAGCAGUUCCACCAGCCUCGGAACCUGCUCCUAGCCUUGGUGGGAGAAGUGGGCGAGCUGGCAGAACUCUUUCAGUGGAAGUCUGAUGCAGAGCCUGGUCCUCAGGCAUGGCCGCCAAAGGAGCGAGCAGCCCUUCAAGAGGAGCUUAGUGAUGUCCUCAUCUACCUGGUAGCAUUAGCAGCCCGCUGUCAUGUGGAUUUACCUCAAGCAGUAAUCUCCAAAAUGGACACCAACCGCCGACGUUACCCAGUCCAUCUGUCCCGAGGUUCUGCCUGCAAGUACACAGACUUGCCCCGUGGGACCAUCUCUGAAAACCAGGCUGUGGGGGCUGAAGACCCUGCCUCUGAGUUGAGAAACCAGGCUUCCACCUAGAAACACAGUGCUAAUCAUAGGUCUGGACCAGAGUGUUUUCUGUCUCAAUAAAAUGACUUAAGGUCACAACGCCUGGAUUUUUCUUGAGUAGAAUAUCUCAAAUCCUGCAGAGAAGCAGGGCUCUGUCCAGUGUAAAACAGUUGCUGUUUUGCCUUUUCACCUUAAAACUUGCAGAAGCAGAGAGCAAGAAGUAAAUAUGGGCCACAAGUCUUUGAUGAGUGCAGAAUACAACUUCCUUUCCUUGGUCCCCUUGUAUAAGUACAGACCACCCACCUCCCUUACCUGGCCAAUUUCUGUUCUUCCUUAUCAGAUAGAUGGUGUUGAAUGAACAGUUUAUGUGGUGUGUGAGCACAUUAUGUCCCCUGAGACACCUACGACUGCCUCCCAAAAGGUGAGGGACUGUAGAGAGACCAGUGGUGGCAGUGUGGUGGUGUCUGCCUCCUUCUCUAAUGACCCCUCAUGCUUCCCAGAGAAAAGCAUUCGUCAGAUUAAAAAUGGCUUACUUUUACAUUCCCACCACUGACUAUUAAAACAUUGGAUUUUAUUCUC